AUACACAGUAUUGUCGCGCGACAAUCCAGGCUGUGGAGGUUGCUCAGUUUUAGAUAAUUGUGCAAAUAGCUGUCCUGUUUACGUUCCUGCUACAGCAUGUAUUAUAUUGCUAAAUAAGCAUUUCAAACAAAACAGACAGCACAGUCUUGAUCAAGUGGUACAAUUGGAGCCUUUGUGCUUUGGCUUUCUGCAUUUGUUCUUUUUAUGCUGUUUUCCACCCCUCCUAUCAGCUUGCAGGUCAGACUCCAGUGUCUCCACUCAAUAGCCCUCUGUAUGUAGACAGAAUAGGGGCUAUACAGCCUCUCUCCACCCUCUUUCUUUCUCCCUCCCCUCCUUUUUUUACACUCUGAUAAGUGCAUGUCCCCUGACGUCACGCGUGGCUAGAUGAGCCUCCCUGCAAUGCUUUAUCCUGCGACAUCAGUUUGGAACUGAAAGUUGAGGGGGAGGUGGCAGGUAGCCGAGGCAUCAGGUGUGCAUGCAGAGAGAAAGAGGAGAAGAGGAGCAGCAAUCAGAUGAAUGAGCUCCGUAGCAGUGGACAUUUGAUAAGGGGAGCGCGGGACUGUGCUGGGUCUAUAACAGUAUGUGUAUCUCAAGAUCAGACAUAAGAACAGCUGCAGGAGGGAGAUCAACUAGUAGUCAUCUGGGACUGGAUGCAAAGGAAGAAGACAAUGCAGUUGGACAAGAAACACUUCCAUUAGUUUGGAUUUAUGUAUGAGGGUAAUCCUUGAUUCUGCUGGACCAUGACUGGCAAGCAAGGGAGGCAGUGGAGGUCCAUGUGCAAAGGCCUGGUCCUGGGUACCCUCCUGACCAGCUGCAUGAUCCUGCUUUACUGCCUCUCCACUCCACAGAUCCAUUUCAGUCUACCCGAGGUUCCAGUGCCUUACUCCUGUGCCCACCGUCCAUCCCAGCUCCACCCCAAACCACCCACAAACAGCUCGCAACAAACCACUGGCCAGACCUGCACCCCUAAAGUGGAUAUCAUGUUCAUGAAGACCCACAAAACAGCCAGCAGCACCUUCCUCAACAUCCUUUUCCGCUUUGGAGAGAAGCACCGCCUCAAAUUUGCCUUCCCUGACAGCAGAAAUGACUUCUUCUAUCCGUAUCUUUUCCAGCGCUCCCAGGUUAAAGACUACAGACCUGGAAUGUGCUUCAAUGUUAUCUGUAAUCACAUGCGCUUCAAUGCACCCGAGGUGGCUAAAUUGCUACCCACGGACACUUCCUACAUCACUAUUCUGCGAGACCCUGCAGAGCUUUUUGAGUCAUCCUUCCACUACUUUGGCCGGCUGGUGCCUUUUACCUGGAAGAUACCAGGUGAUGACAAGCUGUCAGAGUUUCUACGUGACCCCCAUUACUACUUUGAUCCAGAGGGAUUCAACUCUUUCUACCUCAAGAAUCUGCUGUUCUUCGACUUUGGGCAGGAUAACACUCUGGAGCUGGAUGAUCCGCAGGUAGAAGAGGGGAUCAAAUUCAUCAUUGACCGUUUUCAGCUGGUCAUGUUGGUGGAAUACUUUGAGGAAUCACUCAUCCUGCUCAAGGAUGCCCUCUGCUGGGAGAUGGAUGACUUGCUCUUCUUCAAGCUCAACGCCCGCAAGGGAUCCACUGUGUCUAAACUGACCCCUGAGCUGAGGGCCAGGGCUCUUGAGUGGAACGCUAUUGACUGGAAGCUAUACCAGCAUUUCAACCAGACUUUCUGGAAGAAAAUAGAUGCAUAUGGACGUCGGCGGAUGGCUGAGGACGUGGCAGAGCUCAGGAGACGGAACGCGGAGAUGGCAUCCAUUUGCAUUGAGGGGGGUCGUGCUGUAGAAGCUGGCAGUAUCCAAGAGACAGCCAUGCAGCCCUGGCAGCCCAUUGGAGAGAAAUCCAUCAUGGGCUAUAACCUGAAGAAGAAUGUGGACAAGGCGCAUCGGAAGUUGUGCCGUAAGAUGUUGAUGCCAGAACUUCAGUACUUAACAGAGCUUGGAGUUAACCUGUGGAUCACCAAGCUGUGGGGCCAUGUCCGAGAUAUUAUUAACUGGUGACUAUGUGAGAAGAGGGGCCAAUUCAACUGUAUUAAAAGAAGAGGAAUCUGACUGUGUGGCUGAUAGAGUGAAAGGUUGAAGGUUUCUGUCACAUUUCAAUCUCAUUUUGUUGAAAUGUAUCCACACUGACUUGUUUGCAUUUCAUAUGAUUGUGUGCUGUAAUGUAUUUGAUGGGUGCUUGAGAAUUUUUUUUUUGUAGACCUCACAAUCUACAAAUACUGAACCAGUUUACUGCACGCAGUUGAGGCCUAAUAUUGUUCUCUAUGUCUGUGAGUCAAUUUUCAAAACAUUGUAAUGGAGUUCAGGACUAAUUUUAUAAGCCCUGUAAUGGAAUAAAGACAAAAGUGUUGCCAUCCCUGCACAGUUUUUAAGGUAGUUUGAAGACACGGAAAGAAUGGUACUUCACUUUAAGCUAAAUAUUGUCAAACUCUUUGAUGUCCAGAUGAAACCCCACUAAGGGCUAAAAUACAGAUGUGAAGACAGUGAAUGUAAGUAUUACAUCCCACUUUACUGUCUGUGGAGGACAAAAUUAGCCAUCAUUCAAUAAAUAGCUGAGCCUUUCUAAUUAAUGGCAGACAUUUUCACUUGUUGUAACAGGGACAGCACAGGUGCAGCACAGGUGCAACUAAUAACAUUAACAAUCGCACCGGUCCAGGGCCCCAGAGCGGCUACGUCUAAAUCACAUGUAGCAAUCAUUAUCUGCUUUUCCUGCAGUGACAUGUCAAAAUGUCUGUCAUGAAAAAGGUCUAAUAAAUAAUAUGCAAAAAAGCAAGUAAUUAAAAAGUGAUUACAGCACUAUGCAAUCAAGAAUAAAAAUAAUUUCCUUUCUUUGUCAGUUUUUAUAGCAUGUGAUAUAUUAUAUAUUUUUGCUUCUCCAGGGCACUUUGCAGUUGUAGCCAAUUCUCCUCUUUCUCCUGAUAUCACAAUGUUAAUCCUAAUAGGAUUCACCCUUGCCAGGUGUUUUGGCAGGCACAUUGAUGAUGUGGUGGGACUUUGUGUAUUAUGAGCCAAACAUUUUUUUAUUGUCAGCCAAGUAAGGUAAAUCCUAUCUAGAAACAGUGUUAAAGACCACCUACAUGUGUUACACAGCAUAGCCUGCAGAAAUAAAGGAAAUUAAAUUGAGGAAUACGUAUAUGUUUGUCCUCAUUUAUUUCUUAAUUUAAUGUCCAUUCAUACAUAUAUUUAUUUAUUCUGUAUUUCUAUGAUUUAAUACUUUAUCGUGUUUUGUAUUUCAAUAUUCAGUUAUUGAUUCAUUUACAGUAUCUGUAAUUUACUGAUUUUGUCCUCCAUACACCUCCCCAUUUUUCCUGGCAAUGUAUGAUAAUCUUUUUGUUCUCAAAAUAAAGUGAAAAUUACAUGUAAUUAAUAUUGCAUGUAUUAAAUGUUCUGUCGGAUUCAUAAAAUUGACAUCUGCCUCUCGA